GGUUCGAUAAGCUCGUUCGUCGGUCAUGGUCACGCGCUGGAGUGUAAUUAACGUGUACGGAACGUUAAUGCGUGUAGUGCGGGUGGUAUACAUUUAGGCGCAUAUUCAGAUACGCGCCCGCUCUCGGGCUGUGACAGCGCGCCGCCAGAGGCAUAUUGUCACACAUGAGCAGUGUCGACUUCGAUAGUGUGAUGGUGCGGGUUUUGCGUGCGGUGUUGUGCGAAUUGGAUGAUGUCAAGCUCUAGAACUGUAAACACGACACCAGCACACCGUCAAGGCGGCGAGGCGAUGAGGCAACGCACAGCAAUCAACGAGAUCGACAUCCAAUGCCACAUUCUUGGCGAUCCUAUCGCAUGAACGGAUCCCAUACUGUCCGACGCAGACACGUCAUAUCGGGCGACGAUCUCCAUGCUCCACUCCGUUCCCGUCCGUGAUCCUUGUGCACGAUCGAGUGCACGCACGUCGGACAUAUAUGCCGUUGUGCAAUGGGUCAACUAACGAUUGCACAACACCGCCCGGGUAAGCCGAGCCAUCGUGGUGGCCGCUCGCGAAUGGAACCGUGAGAGAUGGCUGCGUGCCUGCGUACUAGAACGUGUCGCCGAACGGGGGUUGCACAGUCACGAGCUCCCUCCCUCUCCGGUCCAGAAAAGCCGGCUCAUGAUUCAUGGUCCGGUAUCGAAAACAAUACGCCGCUUGAAACGAGAUGUCAAACACGUCACACACACACGCGUGAUGCUACUCCCCUUUUUCCUGUAUGUGCAUCUCCCAGUAUAUCCUCGGCAAGAUGGGAAUGAAAACAAAAAGCAACCUCAGCCACGGCUCCAGCGAAACGGAACCAAGUGCUCCCGGUAACCCUGGGCUCCCGUCUGCCCGUGCCUGGAUAAUCCGCGCUGUACUUGGCCGUACACCUUCCCACCGUCUCCACGCGGACCUAUCCUUGGUUUGGGGGUGUUAAGCGUACCGCCAAAUCGAAAUUCGAGCACGCGGGACCUAAUCGGAAUUGCGGACCGAUUCGCGGUUCGUGAUCGUGACUGGUCCGCACUCUCGAGAGGUGUCGUGUGAGCUCGCACGAGUACGCUCGAACGGGCGUGUGUGUGUGUGUGUGUCCUUUGCAGAGAGAACGUCUAACCAUCGCCGGAGUCGUAGGGUUAUACGAAGGCAUACACACACACACCCCCUUCGGUACUCUCGCAUCGCAUCGCAUCUUCAACCGCUUCGAUGUGCAACGCUUCGACAGAAGUAGCAGCAGCAGCAGCAGCAGGCAAGCGAUGUCUACUAAAAUCAGGCUGUGCGAACCGGGCCACAUUUAGUCGCUUCUUACUCCCCCAUCGUGCUUGUUCGAUGAGCUGAUGGGCUCGUUUGUGAACCAAGCAUCGUUGUGUGUGUCUGCGCGCGCGUGUUCGAAACGUCAUUCGAAGCACUAGUAGCAAUCAGUGACCCUCCCCGCCGUGUGUUACGGGAACGACGGCGGAUACGGAACGGAUCCCGGAAUACAGGAAAUUCGCCCGGCUGGGAUCGUAUAUCCGGUCAGGAUAGACGAUCCGCAGAUCGACAAGGCGACAGCCCUACGAAUCCAAUACCAUCACUACGAGCGGUCCGUGUGUACGGCUUUGUUCUAUCCACCAGGUCUAAGCUAGUUGUCACAGGUGGGGUUGGCCCCACAGUAGAAAACCUCCGCCCGACAAAAACUGCUCUCGUUCACAGACGAGAAGCGGCGUGCGGCUUUUUCGGCAUUCGGGGCCACGCCGGGUAGCUUCAUCAAUCAACUUGCAGCCACGAACGAACGCGAAUUCUAUGCUAAUGUGGGUGCAAUGGUGCAAACAAGCCGCCAUACACCGCCGUACCAGCAGUGGAGCUUGCUUUGCUAUUGCAGCGAAGCGCAUCUUCUUUAACCCUGCCCGGGAGAUGCAUCUCAUCAUCUCCUCGGUAGAAGCUUUGUGGAGCAGAUUUUGAAACCUCGUUUGGGCCUUACGGGUGUACGGGUUACAUAAGCCAAGGAUGGUUUCGGAUGGCCUAUGGAAGGGUGGCAAAGUGCAUGUCCACUUGUUCCGCUCCAUGGUGUGUAGCAUCGUGUCAGACAAUCUCAGGCUGGCUUGUUGAGUGAGUAGUCUUCAAGAAGCUGGGAGCUUGGGAACUAUAGCCGCUGCUGCGAUUGCGCCAGUUGUAGUUCACAUUCUAACGUGAAAGAUCGGGCUGCGAUUUGAUGAAUUCUUGCCAGGAGUCAAUUUGCUUGACUUGGUGAGGGAACAACUGUCAGGACAACUUGCACCACACUCACAGUUCGCCCUACAUUCUUUAUGUACCCGCAUUCUCGCAAAGGGCGCUCACAAACAGUGAGAAAAAAAGGGCUCGGCCACCCUAGCUGGUGGUGGUGGAUGUGUGGUUUGUGGCACUCCAGUUCAGUGCCAGUUUGCCGGUUUUGGCCGGUGGCGCGCGUGUGAGAGUGUUUGCAUGAAUGGGCAAAAGGUAAACUGCAAUGCGGGCGCCGCCAACAACACAACAACCGAAACGUGCCCGCCCGCCAAUGAACGAAACGAAAGUGAAACCCGCCGUGCUAGAGCGCGGCCCGAACUUCUGACAUCUUAGUGAGGACGGGACCGGGGGAUGGAGGGGAUCGCAGGGGAGGAGGUAUUAGAUGGCAAUGAGUAACGGCACAAGUGCGCACCGCAUUAGUGAGCCUUACCACCAAGGCACACGUUUCACGGGCCCACCCCUCCUUAUCCUAACCUUAUGCUGCACAAGCUGCAACUCCUCCUCAUCAGCUGGUCUAGUGGAGUAUUGCGCGAGGGUAUGGAUUGGGGACGCGAGGGAUGGAGCGGCAGGGUAUAAAACCGCACGACAUCGAAAACAAAACGCGAUCUCUACACAACACAACGCCUCACAUACUGCGGACUGUGUGAGGGUGGGAGGGUUCUCCAAAGACACAGCUGCAGCUAGCUAGAGAGAUAGGGUGAGAUGGACCGAUUGGUAGCCGGCCGCUGAAGCGAGCUAGAUAGCGUAAUUGGCCUCCCAAACAAGCGCCGAGCUUCACGAGAACGUGUGAGAGGGGGAAAUGUGAGAAUUUUCCUUUAGUGCGUGCGUUCCACCACGGUUGGACCAAUUGAUGGAUCAAUGGAGGGGGAGGGGGGGAUGGGGAGAGGUAGCGGAGUGAAGCGGACAAAGGUAGGGACAGCUAUGUGUGUCGGUGUGCGCCAGCAGAAAAGCAUGGUCCAUACUGGCACCAGCUCGGUGGACCACGAGCACAGUAAAGCACGAUGACCAACGUCAGUUACGAUCGUCCGUUCUUGGCCACCACCAGUGUCGCUACUCCAGAAUGUACCGAAACGUCACCGGGCGACCAGGGUGGCACCAGAGCAUCCUCACGGGCACAAGCGUUGCUGUCCAGAGGGAUCAGUAGUACGUUACCGUUCAGUGUUACACACCAGCCGGGAAAGUGUGCGCAUGGCGUGAAAGUGAAAAUCGAAGCAUUGGAACACCGGCAGGAGGGGACGUUACGCUCAAAAAAAAAAAAAGGGAAACUAGAUACGGGUACACAAACGUCAACCAGACGGACACCCCGUACCAAGGACAAGCAGACGAUUGCCGAAAGCCUCCCCCCCAUCACCAUCAUCAUCUAUCAACUCUUGUUUUGUGGAAAUUUUGACCAAAAAGUGAACGGGUGAAGAGACUGAACCUUGGUUGCCAUUGUUUGACGGUUGUGACAUUCCCGUUACGAUGACACACCGGAACACCGGAAACGGAGUGGACACCAUAAUCAGCUUCCGUUCGCCAAUUUAGACACCCGAACCUCAGUGCUCAGUGCGAAAGAAAUACGAUGCGAAAUUUUGCUGGUAAGGGAGUACAGUUAUUAGUGCUUGUGGCAUUAGAUAUUGAGCGCUCCGAAAGGUCUUCUGGUGGAUAAAGUGAAUUGGAGUCUUCUUGCAAGAGUCGCCAUGAGUUCACGUUCGCUUCUUGAGCUUCUGGGAGGUAGAUAUCCGUCGAACCUAAGCUAUCCAGUAGAUUCCUUAAUCAGGUAUGUCCAUAUGUAUCGAAUCGGAGUUCUGGAGUUCUUCUUGGAAGAAUCACCUUCGCUUCUUGAGCUUCUGGGAGGUAGAUAUAUCCUCCAAAUCUGAACCAUCCUCAAUUGGAUAUUUUUUUAUUAGAACGGACAUCCAGAGGAGAUAGGUGAUUGAGCAGCUUAUCAAACAGAGUUCCUCAAACAGUGUCCAACAUUCCCCCCCAGAAAAGAACUGACACACUGAUACUUGAUUGAAGGCACGAGCACCAAACCGCACCAUAAUUGGCACAAAAAGUCAACCAACGGCGUGGCGGGGUGUCCCAUUAGCUCCACACCCCGAAAACUGGAGUUCUGUAAAAGACCACUCCUGCGAGUUCUCAGACCACCGAGACCCGAAAAGGGCGUCCGCAGCGGUGUGCCAGCCGUGUGCGACACGUUCCCCAUCGCUGCGGGCAAAACGUGUCCGGCAAACCCGUGGUCCAACCGGCAACGACAUCCUUCGCGUUGGAGCGUUGGAGAAAUUCCGCCGUCUUGGGUCGCUCCACAGUCAGCCGCCAGAGGUCGCCUUUUGUUGCCGUGGCGCAACUGAAGACGCCAUUGUGCGGGCGGCAGCCGGGAUGGUGCAAUACUGAUGUUGGGCGCAUGUUGCGCAGUACGGCCACCAGUCGAGUGUCGAGUUACCGGUGUGGCUGUUUAUUUUAGCGAUUAUCAUUGUCACGAAGCAGCGGGGUCCUCAAUUGCCCAACGCCCCAACAUCCCGUGAGCUACUUCGCCAUCUCCUCUGCGCUCCCUGCGGGGGGGGGGGGGGAAUGUUUGACGCUAAAAUGGGAAGACUAUGCUGAUGUUUACAAAUUGAACCCUUUUGGUGUGGACCAGGGAGGUCCACCACGAAGCGUUAGGGCAUACACAUAUCAGGUGGAUGGCACUCGAUCGCUGACGAAAUAUGUACGACUUGCGUAGGGGUGCAAUGUACAUUGUAAGUGCGCGUUGUCACCACGGAAUGUGUAUGUAAACAGUCGGACGGCUGGACCGACCUUUCGAGGCCCUGCGGUAUGUACACCGCCCGGAGAAACCGGACCAUCGCUCGCCGUCCACCGUUCUGCCAGUCUCGCUGACCUUCCCCAGUGCGGGCGAUGCGCCGUACAGCACAUCUAUCGCAUCUUCGCCUGCCUGCCUGCUCGUGAGCGUGUGGAGGUUUCAGCUCAUUAAAAAACAAUUCUCACCCGCUCGGCCAGACCUUCGGGCGCAAUUUUCCGAAAACCCGGGACCGCAAGGCUUUACUGUCCGGUAGGCUAAUGGUUUGCACCGAUGAACUGUGGGGCCACCGCAGCAAGGCGGGUGCGUUUUAUUGGUGUGUGCUUGACAUUUUACGAUUCACCCCUACCGCUCCCUUCCCCCUUUCCCCGGCCAAGUGCUUCGGGUGACCUCCGGGGCAUCCGAAACGGGGAGGCGGGCCGUUGCUGUACGCUUUGUGCGCGCAGACACUACACCGCAUAGACUCGUUCGUGCUGUGGCACUGGAUGGAUGAUUAGUGUGUUUACACCUGCCGGUGCUUAUCGAUCACCAGCCGUGUCCCGUUACUGGCAAGCAGAAUGGGACGAGUGGCAGCAAACUCGACGGUACCUGGUAGAACCUGUGCUCACCCUUACCCGUACAAGUAUUGCAGGUUAGGUUAAGUUAGACGCAUCCGCAGGUGAACUCGUGUGUGAGUGAAAGAUUAUAAACGAUUUCAAAAAAAAAACGCCGUACAUUAACGAGGGAAUAAAUCCGCAUCAGCAAGUGACAGUGUUAGAACUUAAGAGCGAGAAACGCCUGUGUGUGUGUGUGUUGGAAUCAGGAAGUGAGCAAAACUAAACGAGAGCAGCAGUGCGAAUGGUGGUAAUACUGAUCGUACUGCCAGGAACAUGCCACCAGCAUUCGCAACCUUGGCCGCAACCGCAGCCCCCACCGCCAGCCCCGCCCUCCCACCAUCAUCCGCAAACCAAACCAUCAGCCCCAUCACCCACUGACCACCCUCCCGGUGGUUUCCACUAUCAGGUCCGGCUCGGCAGCACCCGCAAGGGCACGGUACCGGCACCGCCCUCCACCUACCACCGUACCCGGCGUCCACCGACGGCCCCGGAACGUUCCGGGCCGAGUGUACGCACACGGGCCACCCAUGGUACCUCGUCCCGCAGGAAGGCAGCAGCACAGGGGGGUGGUGGUGGUGGUGGCCGGGCACGCGGGCACCGUACCGUACCCCGACCCGACGAGCUUAUCGAUGCGAACAACAACCAUCCGGCGACACCGGACGGCCACGAUGAACCGUCCGGGUUGCGCUACCUGUCACGAGUAAUCAUUUCCGAUGACUUUUCACAGGUGGAAGUGAAGACGGCGGCGGACAGUGCCGAGGUUGAGGCAGUCAAUCGUGAAGAGGAAAUCAUUAAGAAGCGGAAAACGGAGCUAACGACGACGCGCCAAAUAGAGACGCGCGUUAAGCGGCAGCUGCUGUUCGAGGAUGGCAAGGUGGUUGAAGAUUCUGGUCCGAUCGUGUCGACCAACACGACCGAGGACACGGACAAACAGGAAACGGUACAAACGGAGCACCGUACACUGGGCGAUCCGGCGGAGGAGCAGGCGGGCGAAUCUGGCAACCGGCUGGCCGGUGCCGGAGAGGGUGCCGAUGCUGGCGGUGACACCGCCCCACCCACCCUGCCGAUCGAUAGUGUAAGCAGCAUCGCACCAAAGACGACACCGACGGCCGGCGGCACCAUCGUGGCCCGACCGCCCGACGGACUGCUGCGCAACAUCAAGGAGGAGGUGGUGGUGUCGCGGGAAGAAACCAAGGAACGGACCGAGGUGACCGAGCAGAAGCAUUUUGGCGAUUUUACUGACGACGCGUACCUGCGUGCAAUCAACAGCGGUGUCGACGAUAUACGGGAGCUGCUACUGUCGGAGAAGGCGCGAUCCGAGCUAUCGCCAACUGGGCCACAGCUGGUGCAGCAAUCGAUCAGCUCGCGGAAGGUCAUCGACAGCGAGGACACCGAUAUCCGGCAGCUCGCGAAACCGGACGGUACGCUCGUAACGGAGAAGGAACAGACGCGCCAACACGAGGAGCUAUACGACGACGAGCUGCCGGAGACGGAUGAGCAGCGAUUACUGCUCUCCGGCUACGAUCAGGUCGACAGUGGCGAGCGAGUUAUCGACCAGAAGUCUUCCGCCCAGCGGUACUUCAAGCAGCGUGACGAACAGCAUGUCGAUCUGAUCGGCACGAACGGUGAAGUGAUCGGACACGAGAUGCGCUACGCAGCCGAACAAACCCAGAUGGAUAAGGAUGGUGGUGGGGGACGAGUCGGCGGACCGGGUGAUACCGGUGGGGGGCUGCUCUCCGACUGGGACAGUCUAUCCGAUCGGUUGCGCAAAGCUCGCCGGCUAGGGCGCCAUCCGAAAGAGCUGGCACUGGUGGGCCAACCGGGAAACAAUCUGCCCGGCGUUGUGCCGGUGCUAAACGAUCGGCUCGAUGCGCUCACCAAGAAGCCGCUGGACUUCGAUAAGGAGGAGGAAACGCGCAAGCAGGAAACGAGCAAAUGGCUCGAGUCACACUUUGGCAGUGAGUCACGGUCGUCCCGCGAUUCACGCGAGGAUCUGGACGAACUGGUCGAACCGACGAAGCGUACGUACUUCAACGUGACGAUCAAAUCGGGUGAUACUAUGGGAGGUGGUACGGUCGAACCGGACGGUACGACUGCCGGUGGUGGCCCAUUCCGAGCCGGUGUUCGUGGUGUACCGCCCGGGCCCAAAUUUUACCAAGGCGUUUCCGAGUGGACGUCGGACCGGACGGCUAGACGAGGGCUGACGGCUUCGCGGGAGGAUCUUCUGUUGGAGGGUUCAAGCCACGAUGCAGGUUAUCGGUCCGGCGAGCGUCAUCGGUCUGGUAGUGAGGAUGCGCGUCCGGUGCAACGGCAGCUGUCCUCCGUGCAACCGGGACGUCGUGAAGAUCCCGGUGUACCAAUGUACGCAUCCGCCUACCUAACUACGCCACGUCCACGAACUAACGGCGCGCGUAACUUUAACGCUAGGUACGGUCGUUCCGUGUCACCGGAUCGGCACUCGGUUGGCCAACCGACACCAGACGGUCGUCCUACCGUCCCACAGCGGCGCAAAGUCCUUGAACGGCGACAGGUUGGCGUUCAACAGCAGCAGCAGCAGCAGCAGCAACAGCAGCAACACCAGCAACAGUAUCACAGUAAACCGAUCGCUCCCGCGAUUGUACAUGGGUAUGCUCCGCGCAGUCGCUCCGUAUCCCCGAUCCAGAUCCCUCCGGUGGUGACCACACUGCGUAAACCGUACCAGAAGACACGCUUCAGCAGCAUCCAGGAUCUAAGUCACACCGGCGGACCGCAGCAGCACCACCACCAGCAACCGCUGCAACGUGCAGCGAGCCGUGCGCAAAGUACUCCACCGAAGGCGAACCGUGUCGGGUCCGCCAUCGGUAACUCCAUUCGCAAGCUGAUGGGCAAGAUCCGUUCCGCCAGUGCCGAGCGGAAGCUCAAGCUAAAAAACGGCUCAAAGCAACAGCAACGGUCCCAAUCGCCGACCCCGUCAGCACUGGCCGGUGGGCAGCAAAAGCGACAGUCCACCACCUACCAGCAGUAUAACGUGAUCGACGGGCACAUCAGCAGCAGUGGCGGUUCCCCGCUGCUCAACCCUCAUCAUCAGCAUCACACGAGUCAGUACGGAGGCGACGAUCAGCGAGCUGCAAGCCAUUCUCAGCCACCGUUGGCAGCCAGUCACAAACCGAACGGUGCCGGAGGUAGACGCGAAUCGGAACGCACGCGCGACCGAACCUACACCGAACGGCGCGGCUCGUCCGACAUACUCUCCGACAUGACCACCGGGAGCGGUGGGCCGACGCCCCGCCAGAAGUACUAUCUCGGCGAGAACCCGUACGGUGGAAGCAUCUUCGGGAAGGAAAACAAAUACAAUCCGGCUGCGGCAGCGGCAGCGGCAGCCGCAUCUGCCGGGCGGGAUCGUCGCGAGGAACGCGUCUACACCUCCUCCCAUACACGAUCGUUCAGUCAACCGCCACAGACAAAUCAGAAUAUGCUGGGUCGAUUUAGCAAAAGCACCAACCGGCUCCCAACUACACCGGGCGGCGGUAUCCACUACGAGCAUGAGCCGGGUGUCCAGUACCAUCCCGGCGGUGGUUCCGGUUACGGUGUUACCAGCUCCCAGACCCUGCCCCGCAACGAUCAGCACCGGCUGCAAAGGUCGAAACCGCUGCACUCAUCCACCAUCAACGUAUCGAUCGUGAACACGGUCAACACGAACAGUCCGAAACCGCUGGCCAACACGGGCCCGGUGAAGCCGGCCCGCACGUACAAAGCGCUCAACCGGAGCAAAUCGUUCAACGUGCACGGCCUGAACGGUACGAACGAUCCGAGCCCGAUCUACCUGGAGAAGCUGAGCCGGGGUCCACCGGUAGCACCCGGCAGUAACGGUGCCGCCGGCUUCUACCGCUCCAACUCACACCUCGACCAGUACGCCGCACCGGCCAAGGAGUCACCGCUGCAGCUGAAAAGUCCGUCGAUCGUGAAUCUCGUGAGCCGUAGCACCCGCGACCUUACCCAGAACGGUGCCGACCACUACCCGGACCGGACCAGCCCGGACGGGCCGACGCUCGACAAGAAGAACGUGUUUCUGCGCAAUCUGCAAAACCGUGCGCCGGAACUGUACCGCACCCUGCACGGCGGUGGUGGUGCAGAUUCACACACGAACGGUACAUCACGCGAGUAUCUAAACUCGUACAUAACGCGUGAGCAGGAACAGAUGAUCGGUACACGGUCGCCGGUAACACUCAACAAAGACACGGCCAGCAUUGUACGGCGUGGCAGCUCCAGCACGGACGAUUACCCGGACGCGUACCGGGUGGCGUCCACCGUCCACCACCGCCAUGACGCUAGCGACCAGCGUCAUCCGACCAGCGCAGCACAGCCCCGAACAAAGCAACACUACUACAAACACACAACCGCACCGGCACCACGUACGGACGGGAUGGCCAUGGGUGCUGGUCGCUACCGGCCAGAAACGGACCUGAAGUAUCAGGACAUGUCGAGCGGAGGGACGGGAGUAGGCGGCGGUGGAGUUGUCAUCGAGUUGCGCAGUAACUCCUAACCCCACUUACCUGUCAGCGUUACUUACUAAUACCAUUGCUCACAACAAGCGUCCUCCCGUUAACGUGAAUCCGUGCCAGAAGCUGUGUGUUUUUCUCAAUGCCGGGCCAUUGCAAAACGAAGUGCUGUAGCGUUGUGGUGGAGAGACACAAAGCAGGCCACAACACAUCCAAUUCCGGUCCCGUUUGCAAGCAUGCAGGAAUGUCAACGAGAAAACCUAUGCGCGUGUUUGUGUGUUGCGUGCCAGACCAUUUUUAAUACAUAAUUGUAACAAACCCGAUUUUCUCUUCCGAAUAACACAGUUUUUCAAGCUCCAUUGGAUGAUUAAA